UAAAUACGGUUAUACACGACUGCAAAUAGUACCUUUGCCUUGCAUGGAUACAAAACAAAUUCUGUUCUGUUCAUCACGUGGGUAUUUAACCUUUGCCUGUAUCAUAAUAAUAAUACAUCACUUGUCUUCACUGUGAACUAUAUUUUUUAGCUUCCGUGUUGUAUCAGAGAGAUACUAAAUAUUUAGGUAUAGGACUAUAACGAUAAUCUGGUCUUGGAGUCAACAUGAUUCGUCAGAUCCUAGUCCUGGCCCUGUUGGUUCUUCUUACUGUGGAAGCGAGACCAAAGUGGGAGAAGCUGUUUAAGAAGUCAGAUAAUGAUCGGGUGCCAGGCCAGUACAUCGUUGCUCUAAAGCCUGGGUUCAAGGCUGAGGCAUUUGUGACUAAGGUUUCAACCCAGAAAUCUCCGUCGUUUGCGAAUUGUUCCUUCUUCCACGUGUACAAGAGUAUCAUCAACGGGUUCGCCGCCAAACUCACCCCAAAGGGCUUAGAAGAACUUCUUAGCCUUGAAGAGGUAUCUUUGGUGGAGGAGAAUGGGGUCGUUCAAGCUCACCAAGCCUACCCUGGGUCGUGGGGGCUGGACCGGGUAGACCAGAGGUACCUACCACUAGAUGGACAGGCGGAUUUCACAGGUGACGGAAGCGGUGUAAAUGUGUACAUCUUAGACACGGGUAUCUAUCCAUCUAACACCUAUUUCAACGGAAGAGCUUCUGUGGGGUAUGAUGCUGUAGGCGGUGCGACGGGAGGAAUUGAUUGUAACGGUCAUGGUACCCACUGUUCCGGGACGAUAGGCUCCGAUGUCUAUGGGAUAGCUAGAGGCGCAUCAUUGAUCGGAAUUCGGGUCCUCAACUGUCUGGGCUCUGGCUCUACAUCACAGGUUUUAGAAGGUCUUGAUUGGGUACAAACCUGGGCGCGGAAACCAGCAGUGGCGUCCAUGUCUCUCGGAGGCGGGGUAUCCGUACUCCUGGAUGCAGGUGUGACGUCACUUACUAACAGUGGAGUCUUGGUGGCGGUCUCGGCGGGAAACGACGACCAUGAAGCCUGCCAGAAUUCUCCGGCUAGAAACCCACUUGCUAUGACUGUGGGUGCCACGGACAUGCAAGAUGCACGAGCUUACUUCUCCAACUACGGCACUUGUCUUGAUAUCUAUGCUCCUGGAGUAGACAUCACCAGUACUUGGUACGGUGGACCUACCGCUACCAACACUAUCAGCGGUACCUCUAUGGCAUGUCCUCAUGUAGCAGGAGCGGCCGUCAUAGCACUUGGAAACGACAACAGCCUCGCUCCAGAUGCUCUCAAACAGAAGAUCGUGAACGACGCAACACCGGAUAUAGUUUCUGACCCCAAGUCUGGGUCACCAAACUUGCUGCUUUACAUACCCUGAAUUGAUUUGCGCAUGCGCUAAGCGCUACACCAAUGAUGAUAACACUGAUGAAGAAUUGUUACGUAGUGCCUGAUGAAACAAA